AUGGUACUGGAGAAGAACCCAACUAGUGGUCCAUACCAGGACACUGACCCGGAGGACCCACCAGAGGAGGAGAGAGAAAGGGACACAGUGGGGGCGGGUGGGGCUGAAGUUGUGGUGGAAGGAUGUCCUGGGGGAUCUGUUGCACAGGGGACAGGAGCCCCGCUGGGGGAUAUGCUGACGAAGGAGUUGAAGGACCAGGACGGGAGAGGCUUUCCACCUCAAGGGGCGCGAGCGACGAAGCAGAGGCCUUCGACUGAACCAGCCAGAGUCUGGGAAGGCCGCCUACGGAAUAAUCGCUACCCACCGAAGAGACUGCUUGCCAAGGACGGCUGUAGCUGA